UCUUUUAUUUAUUUUUAGAAGGAGAUUUGAAUAAUUUUUACAGAGUUAAUGUCUCAAAAACGUCCUAUUAUUUUAGCGUGUUUUCAAAAAUGUCUCACCCUAAAGUUAUUGACAACGGAAUACUCAAUCUUUAAAAUUUUUCCAGUGCCGUGAAUUUGACGCGAGCAGCCGGAAUAUGUUACUAGCUCUUUAAACAAAGAGUUCUUUUGGAAUAUGAUUAUGAUGUUUGAAUUAAUUUUUUAAUUUUUUCUUUGAGAGGGAUAUUGAAUAAUUCUAAAAUUCAUAUGAAUAUAUGAUUAUGAUGUUUUCAUAUCGAAAAGUUUGAUUUUUGAAAUCUUUGGCAGAGCCCGAAUAUGUUACUAGCUCUUUAAACACAGAGUUCUUUUGGAAUAUGAUGAUGAACAGUUUGGUCGAACAAAGAAGCAUGGCAGAGGCCCUUAUCUUAUCGAUGAUGCAAAAGUUGGAACGUCGGCAAGAAAGUUCAAACUGUUGGAUCACUUGCAUGUUGCUAACGUGCUCCCCUGAGUACAGCGUCGGCGAAAGGAAAUUGAAAGCCGAGAAGGAAACAGAAAUGAUAAAUGAGCUGAGAAUGAUUGUGGAUAUAAUGAGAGACCAGAAAUUGGGAGAGGGGAGACGCCUCAAUUAUCUCGUAUGCGACGUUGUCGAGAUGGUUCGAGUUACCCUCGACACUAUCAACAAAUACUUCUCUGAGAUUCAUCCUGCCCUACAGUGGAUCAGAGAAAUCAAAAAGAGCUUACUUAAAUUGGGGAUGGAGACAGACUCAGGAAAUGUCGGAGAAGAUGAAGAUGAAGAUGAAGAUGUGGUGGGAUUGGUGGAUGCUGUGGAAAAGCUGCUUCGCACGAGGAUCCUCCACGAGGAAACACGUCGUUCGACUCUGCUUCUGAAAGGCAUGUCUGGUAUUGGGAAGACACUUCUUGCCAGACAAUUAUACAACCAUUCGGACGUCGUUGCCCGAUUUGAUCGCCGUGUUUGGUUGUGUGUUACUGACCUAACUAUUAAAGAGAUACUUAUGAAACUAAUACAACAGGUAGUGGAGAGUGAGGAACUGGAAAGAAGAGAUUCGUUGUUGGAAAAAAUGGAGCGUGCAGACAACCGCAGUCUCCAACAAAUGCUUCACCGAUACCUAAAAGGAAUGCGAUAUCUCAUAGUUCUUGACGACAUGCCAAAAAGAAUGUACUUGACAUCUAUCUUGGAAGCUCUUCCACGUGAAGGCAGAGAAAGUAGAUUGGUGAUCACAAGUCACACGACAAAUAUAAAUUCAAUCUACCCUGAUGAAGUUUAUGAUAUGGAAUUUUUGGAUUCUAAUAAGAGCUGGCAAUUGUUUUUACAAACAAUAAACUGUGGCAAUGAAUUGAAAAAUGAGUACAAAUUCCCAAAGGAGUUGGAGAAGAAAGGAAAAGAGAUGUUGACCAAAUAUUGUUGCGGUCUUCCAUUAGCUAUAAAAGAGGUGGGAAAACAGUUAGCAAAGAAGAGAUGUUUAGGGAUUGAAUGGGAAGAACUUUUUGAAUCAUUUGAUUUGGGUUCAACUUUGGAGAAAUUGGAUUUGUUUUAUCAUAAAUUAGAUGAAAAGGUGAAGCCAUUGUUCUUACAGAUGGCCUUCUAUAAGGAAAAUACAACCAUGAGGCAAGAAAAGUUGGACCAGAUUUGGGUUGCUGCAGGAGGUUCAGAAAAUUUUGCUAAAUACCAUUCAAAAGAUUUAGUUGAUGAUUCUUUUAUUGAGUGCAAGGAUAAGGACACAAGGUAUCACAUGAAUGCUAUACUACACAAGUUAUCCAUCAAAAAAGCAGAGGAGGAAAUAGGUUUGGAAAUCCUAAGAAGCAAUGGAAAUAAUCGACCCUAUCAGAGUCCUCGACUCCAUCGUGUUAUCAUUUGUAGUCGAGACAAGUUCAACUACUCCACGGAUCAAGAUAAACAUCUUGUUUCUCUCUUCUUCCAUGGAGGUGGCUACUUCGACACUAGUCCCUCCUAUUGGAAGAGUUUUGAACUACUUAAGAUACUUGACUGGGAAGAUUUUGGGCUGAAGAAUUUACCGGAGAGUAUUGGCACAUUGAUUAAACUAAGAUACUUGGGGUUGAGAAACAAUCACAUUCAAGAGCUCCCAAACUUGUUGGGGCGCUUGAAAGAACUUCAAGUUCUUGACAUAGCUCAAAACUUCAUGAUGGAGGUGCCAGAUAUUAUAUGGGAAAUGCGUAGCCUUCGCCACCUCUACUUGUCUCAUGUCAUUUGCCGCAAGCCUUUGAAGAUAGAUGCGCUACAGAAUCUCGAGACCUUAACUUACAUCUCAGUUGAUAAUUGGACAUAUGGUCUCUCAGGAUUGAAAAUGUUGUAUCAGCUUCGCAAACUGGGUAUCGAAGAAAUGAAUGCAAACACGGAUGCAAGCAAACUCUUUGCUUCAUUAGCUCGGUUGAGGAACCUCAAAAACCUAAUAUUAAAGGGGUUUCGUUUCAGAAGCAUGCCUUGUUUGGACAAUCUUGGUAUUCUACAAAAGCUUCAGACACUCAAAUUGGAUGGACUCCUUGCCAGGUUACCAAAUAGUUUCCCUUCAAAUCUUGAAUCCUUGAAGUUGGUUAAUAGCUGUCUUGAAGAAGACCCCAUGCCACUACUAGAGAAGCUGCCCAAGUUAAAACACCUCAAGUUGCGGAACGCAUACAUUGGUCAAGAAAUGGUGAUCGUGUGCGGGUAUAUUCCCAGCCUCGAACUCAUGUGCAUCGAAGAGUUGUGGAAUCUGAGAAAUGUACGAGUUGAAAACGGCCUAGCGCUUUCGCUUAAGAAAUUAGAAAUCAAGAAUUGUCCGAAUCUGGAGACCCUUCCAGAAUCGAUAAGACAUGUGCGAGGGUUAAAGAUGGUGACGACCAAAAUCAUUGCAACAAAGAUCAGGAGGUCAGGCAUGAGCUCCAACAUGAGGGUUGUGGAUAUCAAUCCAUAAGCGUGAUUGUCAGCAUAAUUUAAGUUGAUAUGUUUUGUUUGUUGGCUUUUGAUUGGAUAUUCUGUAAAUUUUUGUUCCUUGAAUUCCCUCUUUGAUGUUGUUUGUUUGCAGACAACUUUAUUCACCGUUUUCACAAACAAUUGUUGUAUAAUGCCUAACAUGUGACAUAUUUAAGGGAAAA